AUGGAAGUCACAUGGGGAAGCACUGGAAUUGGAAUGGAAUUUCGUGAUUCUAUUCUAAGCUCAAAUAAAACGAUUUCAUUUCAGUUUGGCGCAAUGACGACAUUCGCUAUUCUUGUUCACGAAAUCCCCCAUGAAGUUAGUGACUUCGCUAUCUUACUGCGAGCAGACUUCAAUCGGAUACAAGCCGUCAAAGCUCAACUUGUUACUGCUACGGGUGGAAUCGCUGGGGCCUUCGUCGCGUUGUGGAUUAACAAUGAUUCCAUGCAAUCAGCUGAUUGGAUUCUUCCAUUUACUGCCGGUGGAUUCAUAAAUAUCGCUCUUGCUCAAAUUCUUCCAGAACUUAACGAAGAGAAGGAUCGGAGGCAGAACAUUAAACAAAUUGCCAUGAUGUUCUUGGGUCUGUUCGUCAUGGUUGCCAUCAGCAGCCUGCAAAUCAACUGA